AUGACAAAUUUGAUUGGCAAAGGAUGGGCUGCUGGCCUUUUAGCCACCAUUAAUGAUCCUAAAAAUAUUAUAAUAUCUUCGAACGAUGCCGUAGUGAUACACGACAAAUAUCCAAAAGCUCAGCAUCACUAUCUCGUGCUGCCAAAAGCGGACAUACCUGAUAUUUUCCAUUUAAAUCAAAGCCACUUACCGCUGCUAGAGGAACUGUUUCUGCUUGCACAAAAUGUAAUUGAGGUGAAGCGUUGCCAAUUAGAUGAUUUCAAAAUUGGCUUUCAUGCGCAACCUAGCAUGCAGCGUUUGCACUUGCAUGUAAUCUCCAAAGAUUUCGUAUCAGACUGCCUCAAAACUAAGAAACAUUGGACGAGUUUCAACACAAAGUUAUUUCUAUACUAUCAAGAUGCGUUUGCGCUAAUAAAAGCAGGAGAACUAAUCAAACCACUUAACAAGGAGCUGGUGCAACAGUUGUGCAACUCUCCGCUGGAAUGUAAUCAAUGCAAGUUUGUGGGGAAAAACGUACCCGACUUAAAGCGCCAUCUACUGGAUCACCGGACUCAAAAGCAAUAACAAAGUUGUAUCCGAAACGUUAUAUAAAUUGCAAAAAAAAUAUUUGUAAUUGAUUAAAUACUUAACAUAUUUAUUAGUAAUUUUACAGAAAUUAAAAUAUUUCUUCUUUACUUAAUAUAACGGCAUUUUACACUCAAAUACAUUCAUUACAUUGUCAACGGUCAAAGAGCUUGUGGGGGGAAUUGGAAAUGGUAAUGUCGAAGAAAACUUUAGCUGCAGACAAUUAGUGCACACAAAACGGAGAAAACGCGACAAUCCAACCGUCGCGUUGUUUAAUAAUGAAAGCAAUAAUGAUUGAUUUGCUACAAAACCAUAAC